AUGAUCGGCGUGGGGGCCGGCCAGCAGAGCCGGGUGGACUGCGUGAAGUUGGCGGGCAGGUACAUCGAGGGCGACAUGCAGGAGGCGGAGCUGGCAGAGUGGCAGAAGAACUUCAGCACUCCUCCGGAGCCGCUGUCGGCGGCCGAGAAGGAUGAGUUCCUCGCCAGCCUCGACGGCGUGGCGAUCUCGUCCGACGCGUUCUUCCCCUUCCGCGACUCCAUCGAUCAUGCCAGCAAGCUCGGAGUCAGGUUCGUGGCGCAGCCGGGGGGCUCGGUGCAGGAUGACGAGGUGACGUCCACCUGCGACACGUAUGGAAUGGUCAUGGCUUUCACGGACCUCAGGCUUUUCCACCAUUGA